CGAGCUGAAGUGAAGAGACAGUGUGAUUUCCUGGUUGACUUUACUAUUUCCCUUCUUCCAGCUAGAACUCGUAUAAACAAAAGCCAAAGUUCAAGGGUUCAAGGACACCUUCAAACUCGCAUCUAGCUUAUCUCCAACGGUCACCAUGCUGGAGGACAAGAAGACCAAGAUGAAGAUCACCUUUCUGGUUAUUCUGGUAGGCAUCUCUUCCAUGUUGGCGGCGGUGGUGACGGACCACUGGGCGGUGCUGAGUCCCAGGGUGGAGCACCUCAACACUACCUGUGAAGCGGCCCACUUCGGGCUCUGGAGGCUGUGUAAGAAGAGCAUCUUCAUCGCGGAGGAAGAUCCUCAGGGCAAAGGCUGUGGCCCUAUCAGCCUGCCAGGAGUGAAGAACUGCUCCUACUUCAAACACUUCACAUCAGGGGAGGAGGCCGAAGUUUUUGAAGUGAAGACUCAGAAAGAGUACAACAUCUCAGCUGCUGCCAUAGCCAUCUUCAGUCUGGCCUUCAUGACUCUGGGCAGUCUCUGCCUCCUGGGGGCUUUUGGGAAGAGCAGAGACUACCUGCUGAGACCAGCUGGUAUGUUCUUCGCUUUUGCAGGCCUGUGCAUCGUCAUCUCCGUGGAGGUCAUGAGGCAGUCGGUCAAGCGCAUGGUUGACAGCGAUGAGACCAUAUGGAUCGAGUACUACUACUCGUGGUCAUUCACCUGCGCCUGCGCUGCCUUCACUCUUCUCUUCCUGAGCGGUCUCUGCCUGCUCAUCAUCUCCAUGCCGCACAUGCCCAGAAACCCCUGGGAGACCUGCAUGGAUGCCGAGCCGGAGCCCAUAGACUAGUACACUGCCAAUGGAGACGAGGUGCAUUGAUAGAUGAUGAUAGAGAUGCAUUAAUACUUUUAAUUCACUUAAGCAUUGACAAUGACGUCUAAGUACUUAAGUUACAUGUUAAGCAUCUAUAACAUCACUUUUGUACGUUUUGCAGUAUUGUUCAUUUGCGCUUAUGAAUAAUAGAUGAAGGCUUAGAAUGUACACUUAGAGUCUUUAUAAUAUAAAAAAUACAGUGUGAAUUUCUGAAAAAGUCAUGAUAGAGCAAUUUUUUAUUUUUGAAUUAACAGUAUAAGUAGCACAGAUUUAUACUUUUAAGGAAUUUUAAACCAUGUAAUAUGAAUGGUUAUAAUGAUUUACCUCUACAUUUAUAAAACAGUUAAAAUAUGAAACAGUUAUCCUCUAAGAAUAAUUUCCUCCUUACAGGGAACAGGACUUUGGACAUUUUCUUCUUUCCUUUUUUAAAGCCAAUGCCCUGUCAUUUACACCACUGCCUGACUAAAUCAUGAUUUGCCACCAAACCAGUCAGAGGCAAAGAUAUGCAAAUAUUUAAAAUAUUUAUUUCUUGCUAUUUAGGGCGAGGAGAUUGCUAUUGUUAUAUAAUCAAUGUAUUGUACAGAAUACUUGUAGACAUUACUGCAAAGAUUAAUAUGUAGAUUUGGUCCUAUUUAAAUGCAUAUACAGUAUCUGCUAAUAGUUUAUAUCAUAAUUUUAACUGUGCUGUUAAAUAUAAAGUUCAAAUCAGAUAUGGAUUGAAAGCCACAAAAGAGCAGUUUUGAUUCUUUGAGGUCUGUAGAUUCACAUCAGUGUAUUACAUUGUAACACAUCUCCAUAAAAUGGAAGGAAGGAGGCGGGAACCGGCAAACAUUUAAACAUUUAAUAAAGUAAUAUAACAGCCGGCGGCCCCUCACGGACGACCGCCGGCGAACAAAACAUAAUAUAAAUACAAACAUAACAUAAGUUCGGGCCCGGUCCUCUCUCCUCGACGGUCCGGUCGCUCGUUCCUUUUAUGCUCCCAUCUCCUACGUGAUUCGAGCCCGGUGUGCGCACAGCUGGCGCUAAUUCACAAUUACUCACCGGACUCGAACCACGGUCUCGCCCCGCCUACUCUACUACAUACAUAAGCAGCUUCAAAAUGGUUUUGCUAUUUGUGUACAGUAUACUGUCGAAUAUUUACUCUUUGUUGUUUUGCCCUGUGCACCAGUAUUUUGGACUGUGACAUGAGGACAUUUUUGAUUCUUCUAUAUUGUUACAUACAUUUUGAACAAAAUGCUGUUUAGUGUUGAAUCUACUGCAGAAUGUUUUGCCCAAAAAAUAAAAAUGAGAAAUAACAGGUCAUUAUUCAAACAAUAGUAAAGUUCAACAUUGCGACUGAUGAAUGUUGCGGUUGUGUAUAGAUGAAGCUGUUUUCGCAUGAGAAUGGUGAUGUAAAUAAAUUGCAGUGUUACAACAGCGAUACAUUUUAAAGCAUCACCAACAUCUCUCAUCAGAUAAGCUAUUCCUCACGGGGGCUUAACUCAUUUACAAGGAAAUGAAGCAAUAGCAUGUCACCCUGGUCACAAAACAAAAACAUUCUCAGGCUUGGAAAAACAUUUUUUUUUUGGAUUCUUUGCAUUUCUCAUUAAUGUUUUCUGUGCAAAUCAAAUACCUGCAAAUUAAUCUGCUUUGUUAAAGUUCCCGUGAAGUUUCGUUCAUUUUUACCUCCGUAUUUUGACGCCUUUACUAGUGAAAAUAAAUUUCAAAGGAGAAAAGUAGUGGGCGAGGCUUUGUUUUUUUUACUGCGAAUUGAUUGGAUGUGGAAAAACGGCUUUUGGAUUCUGAUCCAUUUUAUUGGAAAUGAAUCUGGCAGCAGACUGAUAGUUGAAGGUGAGGAGUUAACAGAUGGUCCGCCCAAGCAGUCUAAUUUACAUCAUUUGGGAUGGAUAGUCACUUCAGGGCAGAAGUGCAUUUUCAAAUUUUAACUGAAGAUUAUGAGAUCAUGAAUUCAAAAUAAAUAAAUAAAUACCCCAAAUCGAAAAAUGGUUUACUGUGAACUCUGCAAAAUUUCAUGAAAAAAAAAGUUAUUUUUAAUUUCACAGGGACUUUAAAGCCUC